UCCCUCCUCACACUCACACACACACACACACACAUACACAAAUCCUGCCUUUCAGCAGGGAGUCUAAUUAGUGGCGAGGUGCAAAGAGCUGGAGAGCUUAUCAGGAGCCGCCUAAAGAGGAGAGAUAAGGAGACGCAGUUAAAUCUGCCGCCUCUUUAUCCGUCACACCUGAUCAUUCCGUUAUCGCUUAUGGGCCGACCCAUUACUGCUUAUUUACUGUGUUCCUUUUAAAUUCUAAAUCUAAACAAACGGACAGCUAAGCAGUCAUUUUAGUGCAGUAUUUCAAAUCAUACUCAUUAUUGUAGGAAAAUACAUUGUCCUAUAAUUAUUGUUACAGAUUAUUAGCCCGAUAUCAGCUUAAAAAUGAGAUUGGUUGAUUGGUAUUGGAUUCUCCUGCCUUAUUUUUUUUAAAUUGAUAAAAUUUCUCUGGCCCCCAUGGCGGGUUAUUGUGUUGCGGAAUGAUCACACACGGUGUAAUAUUUAGAGAUGUUCGAUAAUUGCUGAAUAUUUAAUUCAUUUGCCCCAAGGUGACCUCUGUCUGCCUUUUUCCUGACGUCAACUCCUGACCUGCGUGCACCUGCACUUGAGCACCUCUCCAUCGCCUCACAUUUAUCUUGUCAUUCUUGCAAUCUCUCCCCAACGCACACUCCCCCUUUCUCUCUCCACACCCAGCUUUUUCUCUCUCUCUCUCUCUCUCUCUCUCCCCCCCUACUUGUUCCACUGAUUUAUUGGAGGCGGAGUGCAGUUCACACACAUUCCUCCACAGACUCCCCUCUUGCCACUGGACCCUCAUAUCUAGGCAUGCUCGUUUGUCUUCAUCAUCCUAUGAUGGCCAGAAGAAGAAGAAGAAGGGAAGCGUGUUGUUUUUGUUGAGUAGGCCAGGCAAUCUUUCUUUUACACCUCUGUCUCUCUCUGUUGUAUGUGUGUGUGUUUAAAGUGCAUUUCUAUGUUGGCAGGUUCCUGCAGAACCAUGGCGUCUUCUAGCAGAACAAACGGUUCCCUGGUUGAGAACACACACACAUAGACGGAAACGAGUCCUGCCACACAUUCACUUGGCCCGCUCGCCCACGCAUACACACCUCAUCCCCAAACCACAAUCCGCAAACCUCCAUCCUCACACACCCCGCUUUGGCCCAAAUAAUUAGUUACGUGGUCGGCCUUCAGACCCGUCCCAGAGCCCCAAAUGGCAGCAGGUCAUAAAACUUAAGUGUUCCACCAGUCAGUGCUGUGCAACUGCGGCCAUUAAUCGUCCAACACGACCCAGGCAAGAGUUGAAUUGCAUCAAAGCUCCUCUCUCGCUGUUGUAUUGACAUCCAUGAAAUCCCUUUAUGGUCCCUUCAAAGGUAUUUCGGAGAGAUUCUUGGCAUCGGUUUUUAAUGUUCAGAUCAGCCCUUCAGGUAGGUAGAUAUUCACACACAGGGUUCAAGUUUUCAGCUCUUUCCCAAGGGUUCAAUGUCCAUGUACUAGUAUAAACACACACAAUUAACCCUGAAAGUAAACGUUACUUUUUGGUUGUUGAGCUGGGUUCCCUGGCAGCCGACACCUCACGGCUGCCUCUCAGUAACCAUGCAUUGAUUGACUUGACUUUGUGCACGCAGCAUAAUUGCAGUUUAUGUCUAGUCAACAUUUUAAACAACCAAAAAGUUCCUGGAAAAUUAAUCCACUGUAGAGGAAUUAAAUGCUGAAAUGCUAUUUUGCUUUGCUGUGUUUUUAUUUUAUUUUGUUUGUGAUGCCGCUGCAGAACAGUACUGGUGAUGGCAAAUGUGGAAGUAGAAAAAGAGUACACACACCUCUGUCCUGGCUGUUCAGUACAAUAUGGCUAAGUGGACAAGGAGUUGACUUCAGUCAUAAACGGAGACAAGUCCUCUGCAUGUGUCCGUCAACAUUCAGGGCUCAACCUCCAUAAAGGUUGUUAAGAAGGACGUGAGAGGACCACAUCUUAUUCCAAAGGGAUGACCAUUAACAUGGGAGGGAUGUGAUAAGAGAAGAAGAAACAGAAGACAUUGAGUUAAUUCAAAGCGGCAAGCGGCAAUAACUACGAAGAAAAAACGAUGUGACGAUGACCUUUGAACCGGCAUUGGCGCUUAUUGCGAUGUAGGAAACCUGAACACAUCUACAUCCUGGCUUCUCAAAGGCGCUCCCCAAAAUCCUCCAUCCAAGCUCCCCGCUAUAAGAGAGUGGGAGACACCUCUGCCUCUCCACGGUACACCACGUUUUACGUUCAUAUCAACACACAGGCUGCACUUUUCUUGUCCACCUGUGGUGUUUGGGUGAUGUUCUAACUGGAGGGGCUCGGAUUAGGACUUUAUUGAAAGGUUCUGAAGAAUGCGGGAAGACGACUCCUCCCCAAUGGACAGCGCAGGGAACAGUGAGGAGGAGACCGAGCGUCAGCUACCGAGGAGGGGUGCCAGGAAGCGGCGAGCUGCGGCGCGGAGAAACACGGACGAGCUAGAAGAAGAAGAAGAAGACUUGGACGCGGAGAGUCAAAGCGUGGCGAAGAAGAGAUGCAGGAAGAGCUGUGAGCGUGUCGGUGGAAGCGCCGGAAGCAGCGAAGCCAGCAGCAGCCCGUCCCGCUCCAUCGACGACUUGCAGACCCAGCGCGUCAUGGCCAACAUCCGAGAGCGUCAACGGACGCAAUCGCUCAACGAGGCCUUCACGUCGCUACGAAAGAUCAUCCCCACGCUGCCUUCGGACAAACUCAGCAAAAUACAGACGCUCAAGCUCGCCGCCCGUUACAUCGACUUCCUGUGUGAAGUUCUGCAGAGCGACGACGAGUCGGACGCGCGGGGGUCCAGCUGCAGCUACGUGGCGCACGAACGCCUCAGUUAUGCUUUCUCGGUGUGGCGGAUGGGGGGCUCCUGGUCCGUGUCCACUACAUCUCACUAGUGGGGAUGCUCCAGACGGGACAACACGAUCAUCCACUUUGAAGAACCAACGCAUCAGUCCAAACUCUUCUGACAAGACUGAACCACAAAGUGCAGCUGAGGCCCCAGCUGCUUGAGCUUCAUUCCUCCAAGGAGAGCGAGGAUGUGCGAUAUUUCCCGUUGCAGGGACUGUUAUGUUUGCAAAGGGAGCACUUAUAUGACAAGACGGAUAUGAAGAAAGACCACUGCGACUAUAUGAAUGUUGUAAAAAAAAACAAAAACAGCUCGGACUGGAUGAACUUGCUCUGUUUUGAAACACGAGAGAGACAAAAAAAAACAACAACAACACAAUUCCUUCCACAUUCCUCGUGACAAUGUUUCACAGCAAAUGGACUAUUUGUAUUUAUUUUUUUAUUUUUUUUUUACUGGUGCCAAAUCCACCUCCCCGCACCCCCUGUCAAAUAAAAGUUAUUUAUUUUGGGGGGUAUUACAGAAUGCUGAGUGGAUUUGUGGUCUGCACAUUCUGAGAGUUGUAAAUAUUUGGUAAUAAACAAAUGAAAGUAUCUU